UAAUUUAAUUCCAAUUAAAUCGAGGAAUUUACUAACAGGGACUCCUAUAUAAAAACCCAGUGCCAGAGCACUUCAUUUUCAGUAUCAAAGCAAAAAUGCAACUGAGUAUUAUAUUUGUGAUUCUUGGCUUAGUCGCCGUUGAAAACUCUGCUGGCAUUGGCCAACUCUCAACAAUAAAACCAUCACAAAAUGACAAAAUUGAUCAGUCUCUGCCCCAGGAGGUGAAACCAAAUCCUAAACCAUGCAAACCCAUCAAAACUACAAGCUCUACUGCUACUUCAAGCACCACUGAAGGCAUUUCGAAAAAAGGAGGUGCUACCCCAGAUGAUUGCGAACCCGUUCCCGAAGGCAUUGGAUCACGUCUAGAUGCCCAAACUCUAAGGACUCUCGUUACAAAAGAAUAUCCUAUAAACAGAUAUGAACAAUAAAUUUGUUUAAAACAAAAUACUUUUCAUUGAUUAACAAGAAUAACUGUAUAUAAAUAUCAAGAAAAACAAA